AUGGGUUGGGGCCAGAUCAUCCUCCAGCUGCUGCAGAUCUUCUGCGGCGGCAGCCAGAACCAGCCACAGAACUCGGCGCAGAACCAGCAGGGCCAGCAGCAGCAACACCAGCAGCAGCAACAGCAGCAGGGCGGCGCUUGGAACCAAGGUCAACAGCAGCAGCAGGGCGGCGCAUGGCAGCAACAAGGCGGCCAGCAGCAGGGCGGGCACUCGUACCCGCCCGGAUCGCAGGGAUGGAACAACAACCAGCAGCAGCAGCAGCAGACCCACCAGCAGAACCAGAACCAGAACCAGCAGCAGGGCGGGUUCAACUCGGACAUGGCGAAUGCGAGCGACGCGCAGUACACCAACUGGAGGAACCAGGCGCGCAAGGAGGGCGACCUUGCUCACCAAUGCUUUGCCGACUCGCAGACGGCGUACAAGUCGGGCGACGGUGCGCGUGCGCACACCCUCUCGGUCGAGGGCAAGCAGCACCAGGCCAAGCAGGACCAGAUUGACGACAAGGCUGCCGACUGGAUCUUUGCGCAGAACAACAAGACCCAGCCGCACGGCACCAUCGACCUGCACGGCCUGUAUGUCCGCGAGGCGAUUGAGCGCGUCGAGUCGUCCAUCUCCGAGGGCCAGCGUUCGGGCCUGCAGGAGCUCCGCGUCAUCACCGGCAAGGGUAUCCACUCGACCAACCACCAGGCCAAGAUCAAGCCUGCGGUCGAGGACUUGAUGAAGAAGUACAACCUCUCUGCCGAGCUGGACCCGCGCAAUGCCGGUGUGCUCGUUGUCGACCUGCAGGGCCGUGGUGCCGGUCGCUCGCGCGACGCCGGCGGCCUCGUCGACCAGAUGGGCGGCGACAAGGACUGUGUCAUCAUGUAG